AUGGACGACGAUGCGUCGCUCUCUCUUUUGCUCGCUGUGGCCGCCUUCGGGCUCAUUACGACAGGCGUGAAGCAUGUUGUGACACUUGGCCUUACGUUCGUCGUGUUUGCUGUGACCUGCGCUUUCUAUGCGCUUUGGGUUGAUCACCACUCGGACGUUGCUCGCUUUGAGAUGGCCUUGGUGACUGCCAUCGCGAUUGGCAACGUUGUGCUCGCCUUUUACUAG